UUGGAUUUUCAGGCAACGAAGACUAUUGAAAAGCCUAGCAGUGGCAGAAAACGUGGUCGUCCACCAGGUAGCGGCAAGAAGAAGGCAGGUGCCAAGAAAACUAAGUCAGCCCCCAAAAAGAAGAGAGCAUCGAGCGAAGAAGAGGAAAGUGGCCAUGAGGUAAUUAUACUUAAUGUCUCCAUUUAA